GAAAUGUUGGUCGUCGUGAGUGGAGCGGCGUUGCGUGUUUGUUGACAAGAUCAUAACCUACGAGAGCGACCGGUUGCCGGUGCUUCCACAAAUAUUUCUAUUUCAGAUAUGUACCCUUUGAUUAAUAGUUAGUAGUCUAGUGGCUCUAUUGACAGGUUUCCUUUCAAAGUUUGAUGAAUUCUAGUUGAUUUGGGUUUCCGUGCUGCAGAGCUGCUCUUCUAUUUCAUUAUGGACUUGCGAGGGCAUUCUGUAGUGAAGCAUGAAGUUGAAGCUGAUGCUGAUGUCGUUCAGUGUGCUGUCUGUAAGGUGGAAAUGGCGGAAGUCGACUUUAUCGGCCAUAAUGCUGAGAUGCACAAUAUGCUUUCCUGGAUUGAAGGCACAAAUCCAUUGGAUCUGAACAACGAGAAAUUUGUUCUCAGCAUUCUUAAUAAAGUCCUUAAAGGUAAAAAGAGGAAGGUUUUGUCUUGUGAACUUUGUGGUGAAGAGAAGAAAAGUGCUGUUGGUUUUUACACUCACAAACAGGUGUGCGGCAAAUCAGAAGAGGAAAUAGAAUCAUUACGCAUCACUUGUGAAAUUUGUGGAAAGUCAUUCAUGCCAGUAAGCUUGCGUUCCCACAUGUUAAUACACCAACGGAAAGAAGAGUCAGAAAUCUCUCUUGCAAACUGUCUGGCUAGCCCCACUACACCAGGUUCAAGCAGUGGCAAGAAAAACAGGAGGGCUGCUGCAACGAAGGCAAAGUCUAGGAUGAGUGUAUUUCUGAGUGGAGAUGGAAGUGCAAUUAACUCUAAACAAACUCGACUGUACUCAGAUAUGGAAGUUAAAGGAUGGGAUUCAGCACCAAGGCUUCUUCAAACAUGGAGAGGGUUUAUAAGUUUGGCAGGUUCCAUUGUGUGUGUCUAUAAUGGUUGUCCGUUUCGAGCUGACAGCAUAGACUCAAUCCAAACUCAUAUUUCAAGUUGUGAGUUCAUGGAAGAUCAUGACAUGAAAUUUAUUUGUAAUGUGUGUCUUGUGCAACAAAGAGAUGAAUCUGAAAUAAUUUCACAUAUUCAGUUAGAACAUGACUCUCAAGGGAGUUGUACCAGUGCUGAAGUGGAUUCUGUGAGUGAUAGAGAUUCAACAUCUGACGUUGAACUAGAAACUCCUCAUCCCCCAAUGAAACGACAGAAUAAUCAACGCCAAACUCCAAAGCCAAAGCCCUCAGGGCCACAGCGUGCCUUCACAAAAAUGAGGUUUCUUCAAAACACAGUCACAGGGCUGGGAAAAGAUUUGGAUAUUUAUCCUGCUGCCUUAAAAUGGACUUUUGACUUUCGUAUGACAAAUUACGUCGAAAAUAUUUUUCCAAAUUUAUGUUUGCUGAAGAAAGAAUGUAAAUUCCUUGGAGAAGGAGCUGAAAAUUACAUUCCUAGUACCUCUCAGUCUCUUCCCAUAGAGUUUGGGUCUUCACUUCAUGGGAUCUCUGAACCUCCACACAACUUUACUUUAUUUGAAGGGCAAAUUAUUGAUGGUGUCAGCACCUUUUUUACUGGUGGUCCUGUGUGGUCUUUGGAAUGGUGUCCUAUUCCCAUGCAAAUUUGUUUAUCCGAUGACACACCCCCAUCAGAAUAUCUUGCAGUCAGCACACACCACAAGAUGGAUGACACAUUUUGUGUUCCGCAAUGUUAUUCCUUUCCCAAUGUGAUUCAAAUUUGGGACUGUGGCAACCUUUCAUCAUCUAGUUCAUAUCAAAGUCCAAAAUUUUCUCUAGGUAUAGGGCAUAAUUAUGGAACCGUGUGGAGUAUGGCAUGGUGUCCUAGCGGGGCUUAUGAUUAUGAAACAAAAUUUUCGCAAAAUGAUAAUGAAUACUAUAGAAGAAUGGGCCUGCUUGCUGCAGCAUGUUCUAAUGGAAAUGUCUAUGUCUUGUCAAUUCCUUUCCCAGAUGAGUUGAAAUCUCAUGAACAAGAUGAAGCACUUCCUAUUUACCAGUGUAAACCAUCUUUAACAUUGACUACCAAUUUCACUGAACCAUCCCAAUGUACUCGAGUUACUUGGUAUCAGGGACAAGGUCAUGGGUUAAUAGCAGCUGGCUACUGUAAUGGUAUGGUUGCAAUAUGGGAUCUGCUUACUUUACCUCCACUUUUGUGGGAUCCCCAACAGCGCACCUUAAAACCAUUCCAGUGCUUCCAGGCACACUUGACUGUUGUUUCAGCCCUCUCCUUUAAUCCUGAAUAUGAUGGACGCUUUUUCAUGACUGGCUCACAUGAUCGAGGAGUCAAAUUUUGGGACAUGGAAGAUUUAUCUGCUCCUAUGACCCAUCAUCGUAGGGGAUAUGUAACUGAUGGUGUUUGGUUGAAUCUUUGGAUUUCCAGCAUAACAUCAUAUGAUGAUGCUUUCCAACAUGAACAUACAAAUUCAACAUUACAUCCUGUCCGUGAUUUUGGGUACAAACCAUAUCCUUUAUUGACCCAGAACUCAGUUGCAUGGUGCUUAUCUUACAAUGAGUGGAUAAACGCUACUGCUCAAGGCUCUGAGGCUGGUGAAAUUGUUGUAACUUUCUCUGGUCAGCUGAUGCGAGGAUUAGACAAUGAGAAGAAUGCUAUAGACAAGAGGCUUAUGGCUACGUAUACUUUACUCAAGAAGCGUACCUAUGGUGAUGACGGAGAAACUGAAUUGGGAGAAGUGGUGCAGUGGAAACCUGAAUCAAAGCAAGCUAAUAAGGGAAAAGGGAAGGGUAAAAAGGCCAACAACUCUAAAGGGAAAGGGAAAUCAAAGAAAGGUCAAGAAGAAGAUGGAGAAGAAGUAGUAGCUGCCUCUCUAUACACUCCAGAAGCAAUAUUACAGGACCGUAAUCCACAAUUUUAUGCAGAUAUUGAGAAAAAUUAUGGCCUGUGUGUGUAUGACACAAUGCGAAGUGACAGUAAUAAGAACAAAGUACCAGAUGAAGCCAAAUCAAGAGUUCGCAUUUCUGGAAAGAUGCAUCCAACUUGCUCAGAUUAUUAUCCUAUCACCUCCAUUAACAAAGUAGCUUGGAAUCCAAAUAUUGGGAGGUUCUUUUAUCUUGCCACUGGUCAUCAAUGUGGAAUUGUUAGGAUCACUGGGAUGCACUUCAUGCAAAAUGCUGCUACCAAUAAGUUUUUGGUUGAUGCAGCUGAAACCAUGUUUGACAACUAGUGGUCAUGCUGACCUUUUGUGACAACUUUUGCCUUGGGCUUAAGUUUCAGUGAUCAGGUGUUCUCAGGAAAAUGAAACAUUAGGAAAAAUGUGAGAAAUAUAUAAUUUAAUACAAUAAAUAUAUGUACAGUGUCAUAAAUAUAUGUACAAAGCAACAUCUUGAAUAAAAUAACAAUUGACAAUCUA